AUGGAUUAUCACAACAGAGCAGGUUCUAAAAAAGGUGGUGGUGGGAUAGCAACUGACUCCCAAUUUAAUAGACAAAGACGUCAACAAAUAGAAGAAUUAUUGAGUGGAGACAGUAACAUUCCAUUCACUUUCCAAGAAAAUGAAAUAUCCACCACUGUCCCAGAUUCAAGUAGGCAAAACCCGUAUAUCUAUAAGAAUCACUCGGGGAAAUUAGUAUGCAAAUUGUGUAAUACCAUGCACAUGUCUUGGACCAGUGUGGAACGUCAUUUAAGGGGCAAGAAGCACGGUCUAAAUGUUAUUAGGAGAAAUAAUUUCGUUAGUGGCGGUGGUAUUCGAACAAGUGGAACUACGGGAAACAUUGAAGAUUCUAAGAUGGCUUUAGCAUUUCAAAGAGAAGUUGAGACCAUGAGACAACAAUUAAAGUAUGAUAAAGGAUUACCUAAGGUUAAUCUUGUCAGUAUCAAAGACCCCAAGACAGAUAAUAAAGGUAUUUCUGUUAGAAUCAUAUAUCCUAAUGAGAGUCAAAUACAAAAAGAUGAAAGUGAAGAAAAAGUAAAUAACGAUGAAACCAAAGAGUCAGUCACUCAACAGGAGUAUCCACCUUUCCUAAGAGUAGUUACCGGUUUAGAGUUGUCGAGUUCUAAAGAUAGAAACAAGAAAUUUUUGGUUGUAUCUUUUCCACCAUUUGAAAAUGUAGCCAUUGAAAUACCUUCACAGAGCAAUAUAGUUGGUGGCAAGAAUCUAACUAACGAUAAAAAUAAGAAUGAAUUCACUGUAUACGUAGAUGAUUUGAAUCAUGAUUGUACGUUGUGGGAUCCUGAUAGUCAUACUUUCUUUGUUCAAUGUUAUUUUCUCAGUUCAGAAGGUAAAAAAUACUAA